AUCCAUAACCAUCCCAUUCUGUUGCUGAAUUUUCCCCUUUCCUCUUCCUUCUCCGCGUGCAGAUUCCUCUGGUCUUCCUCUCACAUUCUGUGGGGGAGAAACUUUGUCGUUUUGGAACAGCCAAUGGCGAUUGCGUUAUUGUGGCUCUGGAACCUGCAAAACCUCUGGCCUUUCUCUGCAUUAAGGACCAACGACCUUCGAGAUUCGAAGAAAUUGGUAAGCAAGCUCUCUGUACCUGAGCACACAAAGCAAUUCGUUUUCGCGUUCCGUGAUCCCAAAACCCAAACCCUAGUUUAUGUUCUUUCGGCGUUGAACUUGUCUAAGCUAUCGGCAAUUGAUGCACAGUUCCUUAUUAGGGAAAUUAGGCCUGAUGCUGUUGUUGUUCAAGGGGGUCGUUCCUCUUUUCCUGAGAUUCUUGAAUCUGAGGGAGAUGUUGAGGUUGACAAGGCACUCCCUACUUCACCAUUUGGGGUAAUCAAACAGUGUUUUGUUGAAAAGAUUGGUAAGGAACAAUAUGAGAGUGUCGCAGGGAAUUUUGUGAUGAAGGAAAUCUUUGGGACCAGUUUUCAUGGCCACUUAUUGGCCGCCAAGAAGGCGGCGGACGACGUAGGUUCAGCAUUUGUUGUGAUCGAGUCGGGAUUAGGUAGCUCUAUUGAUAAUUCUAAUAUCGGUGGUGGUGUUGAUGCUGGAAGCCAUUUUAAUGGUUUUGUUAGCAGUUUGGUUCCUCAACAACCAGGUGUUUUUACUCUAGCUCCAAUUACUUUGAAUAGGUUUUCUCUGAGUAAUGAUGCCAAGGCGCAGAUGGCAAAGGUUUUAUCGGUUGUUAUGGAUCCACCAUUACUUAGGACCAAUUCAGAGGUUGGUUCAGGGGAAAUUCAGGCAAGUAGUAGUUAUGAGGUCCCGGCCUUUGCCAGGUCUAUCUAUCCAUUACUUGAAGACUUGCAUAAUAUAUUUGACAACAUUCCAUCAAUUGGGAGGGCGUUAGCACAUGCGCAAAAGAUGCUAUUGGAUGUAAACAGAGGUGAGGCUCUUGACGCAAGAACUGUUUCCGAGGUUCAUAGAUUUAGAAUUGCAGUUGAGGGGAUUAGAGUAUCUCUAAAUAAGAGCGGUUUGGCUCCAACUAACAACAAAGUCGAUCCCAAGUCUCAAAAGAUUGAUUUCUCAGAGCUUUCAGUUGACGAGAAGUCGGAUGUGCUCUUUGCACAUGCUAUCCGUAGUCAGGCUGAUAAGUUUAAGACCAUUGUUGCAGUAGUAGAUGCUGGCUCCUUAGGAGGUCUUAGGAAGCAUUGGGAUACUCCUCUUCCUGAUGAAGUCAAAGAGCUGGUUGGAGAUCUAACAAUAAAUUCUGGAGUUGAACGGGUGGCCCUGAAUUAUAGCAACAAGAAACGGUUGUUACCAGAGAAUCCUAUGAUGGCAGUAGGGGCAGGAGCAACAGCUGUUUUAGGUGCUUCAUCCUUGACCAAAGUAGUUCCUGCAUCAACUCUCAUGAAGGUUGCUACCUUCAAAGUUCCGGCUUCAAUCAAAGUUGUUGUCAGUUAUACACACAAGGCUCUGAGUUUUUCCCUGGGCCCAUCUAAAGUUGUUGCAUCUUCCGGUGCUAAAACUUCCAGUAUCAUGAAGGCAGUUGGAUCUGCCGAGAAGUUUCGAGCUAUUGCUCACGGCGUUAUCGCCUCGGCUGAAAGAACCAGUAUCUCAGUUAUGAGAACGGCCUUCUUCGAAAUAAUGAGAAAGCGAAAGAUACAGCCUGUUGGGUUUUUGCCUUGGGCUACAUUCGUAGGGAGCAUUGGAGCAUGUUCAGGCUUACUUAUGUGUGGGGAUGGGAUCGAGUGCGCUGUUGAAUCUGUCCCUUCAGCACACUCAAUUGCUAGUUUGGGUCGUGGGAUUCAACAUUUACGCGAAGCAUCAAAAGCAGUGAUGCUAGCAGAAGGAACCAGAAUCCAGAAUUCAAUUGAAUCUGUAAUAAACAGAAUAAAGAAGACAAGGGAUCGAUAGAGAGGGAGUGUACAUAUAUUUUGUUCUGAAAUUUUGAUUGUUCAGGAAAUUGUUAUGUAUAUAUAUUUUGUUCUUGGGCAGAUUAGUUCUAUAUGAAUCAUACAAAUACCAACACAGGACUUUGUUUAACCCCCUAACUACUGUUGGCUUAAGGUUGAAGGAAAUUUAUUAGCCUCUUUGUUCAUAAUGGUAACUCUUUGCAGAUUAUGUGAUUCACAUGUCAUUUACAUAAAUUGUGAAAGAGAAAUGAUAUGGUGAUUCACAUUCAUUCAUACUUUAAUUCAUUCAAAAGAAAACAAUAAAUUACAAGGUGGUGUAUUAUAUUUCUUAGUUUGUCUAUGUCAUUUUUGUCCUUUCUUGAUGAGUUAAAGCAUAAAUUUAAAUG